AUGCCCAACAUGCCAGAUGAAGAAGUCUUCUCUAUGAACAACAACGAUGUCUACUUGCAUGGCCGUGUCGAUCCCGGUGUGGACUCAAACAUUUCUCUUUUGGAAACAGUCGACACACCAGAAACAUCAACCCGCGCUCAAAGACUGAAGGAUCUAGAGUCGGUUGGAAUAGCCAACCAUCAGACCCUCCAUGGAUUAAUAACGGCCGCGUCGCAUCCAGAUAAAUGCUUUCUUCUCUCAACAUUGCCGGCCGAACUGAUAGACACUAUUAUGCAAUUACUUGAACCAGAGGACCUUAUUUCUGCCUCUCACACCUGUAGAGCACUAUCUCAGCACGCGAGAUCAGACAUUUGCUGGCAACAUCAUGUCCAAAAGAACAUUCCUGGAGUAAAGCUAAAGUCGCCAAGCCCUUGCAAGACUUAUCGAGAGCUGUACAUGGCUCAUGAUCCUCGCUGGUUUUUGACCAAGUACAAGAUUUGGUUCUCGGAUUACUUCCUGCUUGGGAAGAUAAUCAUCUGCCGAUACGAUCCUCGACGUGGGUGCAUUGAAGGCUAUCGUUUGCUCGCAGAGAAAGAGGUCACCGCCUUCGACCCGUGGGAAGCGGACGAUGAAGUUCUGAUCCACUCUUUUGCACCACGACCUCGGCUUCACAUGGACAAGCCUGUUAUCCAAUUCGACUUGCCCAAAACCGACUCGCUGAGGAGGUCUUCGAGGUUGAGGGCAUCGGCUCAGCGAUCCUCGACAGAAGUUCCAAUGCGGAUCGACGCAGAAAGACAGCCACAUGGCGUGUUCUCAAAUUUCAUUCCUGCUCGGCCGUGGCCUGAUAAUGAUCUCGAGAACGUGGACUAUUGGCCCCCUAAAGCCAUCCCCGCAAGGCAUAGAGUGCGGAUUGGAGAAGAUGAAGGCUUUGUACCCCUUGGUAACCGUCCUGUAAAACGGUCUGAGGCUACAGACCAGGCCUUUCGAGUUCGAAGAUGGAUGGAGAUGAACAAUAAUCAAGGGCGGAGUGUACCAGGGGUACAUCUCGGCGAGGAAAUACAUACUUAUUCUACACUCGACCCAAGCCUGUACACACCUACAGAAGAAAAGCCAUUCAGGGGUAUUUGGGUUGGAGACUACAGUGGUCACGGGUGCGAGUUUCUGCUCAUGAAUCAGCCAGAUGAUGAAGAGCCCUUUGAUGAAACAUCUGUGGUGCAAGCAGAAGAUGAAACUGUGGAUGAGUGGGAAGCUCGCAAGAAAAUAGAGCGUAAUUAUCGUGGAAAACUAGAGGCGAUAAAACUGACUGGCGAUCCAAAUAUCCCUCGCGGGCAGUAUACCUUUGUUGCCGACGACAUUGGAUCCGGUGGUUUUAUCAGAAAUGCUACGGAAGAGAGGUUCAAGGGUGCUCGAGUGGUCAAAUCGCGAGGGCAUAUCGCAGCACGAAUGUUCAGAAAUCCCAAAUACAUUGAGAGCCAGCUAAUCAUGAUAAGCCACGACAGAUUGGCUCAGUAUUGGGUCGGAUUUGGACACAUCAGCUUCUAUCAACGGGUUGACAUCGAUCAAUUCCUGUCACCUCUGAAUGACCCGCCUCCCGCCACUCUGAGAGAUGGGCACCUUGUGGGCUCUUUUCUAGACCACUGA